AGUAUUGAACCCUCUUUAACUCUCCCUUUAUUUUAUAUUUCAUCGCUAAACUUCGAUUGAUUUGUCCUGUUUAUAUACAGUUUCAUUAGUCGCGUUAACAAAAUACACUUCGUGUCUGAUCUCGCGUGCAAAUAAAGAGUGGUUAAUUUGAAAGUUGGAGCAGGCUCUCUGAAAGUCCGUACAGGUUUUGUUUACUGGCGCACUACAAGACUCGACGUGUUUUACUUAGAUGGAUGAUAUGCCGUUGUUGAUUAAUUAUUGACUCGAUCGAAAUUCCUCUGUGUGGACGGGACUUGUUGAUUAAUCAACCAUGGAGAAGCACCAGUACGUCAGGGCGUUUAUUUCCGCGGCUUCGGAGUAUGCAAAGCAUCCGAGCGAAGCCUCCGGAUCAGUGAUACAAAGAAAUCUUGGGGCUCUAAGUGCUUCCUUGGAUCUGAGCAUCUUUGAUCCAGGAACGAGUAUAUCUGCAGCAUUUUAUGUGAGCCUACACGAAUUGAUGAACAGCUUAGGCUCGAGGUCUAGUUUGAUCUGGAGUACGAUUGACGUUCUUCAAACUGCAUGUAAAAACCCAGCGGCUAGGCAGGCGCUUAUUCACACUUACAAGUUUGCAUCUAUUUUGACAAGGCUCUUAGAGGCAAAUCUAACUUCUGAAAAAAGAAUAAGAGUUUUGAAGUUGUUUCAAGAAUUGACUUAUGGAAUAAAAAUUUCCUGGCAGGAAGCUCACUUACCAUAUUUAAUGACUACAUUGUCACAAUGGAUAACUCAGUCUAGUGACGAAGAAGUUAUUUCAUUGUCUCUUGGCGUAUUAGUUAACUUGUGUUACAAAAAUUUACCAGCUGUGUAUGCAUUGAUGCGCAGUGUUAACACGAAAACAUUUCUACAGAGCGUUGUGAAAACAAGAGGACAAAACAUUAACAUCAGAGUGCAGUGUUGCAAACUUUUGAUCAUUUUAGAAUACGCCAAUUCCGAUAUUUUAGAUUCCUACAUUUUAGAUGUUGCUUUGGUUACUUUUACAAAUAUCAUUCCAACGUUGAAAAAAGAAGACGUGCUCUUGCUCAGACAUAUUGUUGAUUUUUUCGAUGAUAUCAGACAAAACGAACGAUUCAGAGCAGUUCUCUUGACGUACUCAAACUAUGUCAAAGAUGUCACUGAUAUUCUGGCUACCUUGAAAGAUGUAUCCAACAGAGAAUGUGCUGGACUUGUUAUGGAAUUUUUACACUCCUUGAUGAAAUUGCAAGCACCGUGUCUGGUACAAUUGUAUCCAUUAAUUGUUAAGACAGCCGUAUCGUGGGUCACUACAGAAAGUGUCAGUUCAAAAGCAUUGGCCCUGAUUAGAACAAUCGUCUGUGAUUCACGGAGGUCGAAAAGCAGUGCCGAAGUAUUAGAGGCGCUGGAUCUUUCAGUAUUAACAUUAUUAAUUAAAGAGGACGAUGACAUAGAUGGGAUUGAUAGAAGUCAAAGCAGUACUAUUGAAGUUGAGAAAAACUUGACAGAACUCAUGCAACUUUUUCAAGAGUUAGUGAAAACUCCAUCAAUUAGAACUCAAGUCCUGGAAGUUUUUUCGAUUUCGAAAAUGCGGAUUUUAAUGAAGGAGGUACUUGAAUGCAGUAACGAUUCCAGCAUCAUCGAGAAGCCAAGAAAUCUUUUUCAAGAUUCAUCAACAAAUUUUUAUGUUCAUGCCUUGUCUCUUAUAGCUGAUUUAGCAAUCAAUAACACUCACUGGCUGGAGAUGUACACAGAACUGUUGCGUAAAAAGCAGAUACAAAUGAUAUUGGCUACUGCUUUAUAUACUAGUGAUUGCGAAGUUAAGCAAAAAGUUCUUCAAUUGACUUCAACGGUAGGAUUUCCGAAAGAAUGUUUAUCUGCAGUUGCCAAUUGUAUGACAGAGCUAGAACCAUUAGUAUUAGUUCAGGAAAAAACGAGCGUGACGAAAAUUUCCGAAACAUUCACCAACAGUCAAACACAUGAUGUAAUGCCGUUGUUUUCACUAGCUCAAGAAGGAAGACUUGACACGUUUAUUUCCAAACUUGAAGCAGCUUUCGAAGAAAAUAAAUUACCAGAAAUAACUACAUCAGCUGUUAUGGAACUUUAUGAGUACAAGAUGGCUGCAAUGAGACAUGCAGAAAGAGCCAUGCAGUCAAGUUUGGAAGCAGCUACCAAUCACGCUACUAGUCUUCAGCACCGAUUGGCACAGCUAGUCGCACAAUCCAGCCAGUUACAUCAGGUGUUGUUUAAUACCCAGCAGUGUUUAGAAGGAAUGCAAACUGAAAAAAUUGGGUUGAUGAGAAGGCUUCAUGAAAUGGAAGAGAAAUCGAAAAAAACGCACGUUGCACAAUCACAGGAAAUCGCAGGAUUGAAAAAAAUUGUAAUUGAAAAAGAAAACCAUGUAACUGCGUAUGCAGCUCACAUAAAAGAACUGGAAGUGAAGAACGAAGAAAUUCCAUUGCUGUUAAAUAAAAUUAAAGAACUGAAAACCGAAGUUCAUCAAUCGGCAACUGAACUCAAAGAGCUGGGUGCCAAAAAUCAAGAAAUGAGCAAGUUACUUCACAAAAUGCAAGAGAGUGUGAAUAAAAAAGACCAGAUCAUUGAAGAAAAAAAUAAAGAAAUCAAGUCAAAAGAAAAAGACAUCGUGGCUCUUAAUUUGGAAAUGAAACAGCAGACUCAACAAUGUCAUAACUAUCAAAAAGCUUUGGCUGAAAAGGAAGAAACUGUACAGAAACUGUCAAAUGAACUACAUAGCUUGAGUCGUAUGCGAGAAAUGAUAUUUGAAUUGACUGCUAAGAAGGAGAACCUGUAGACAGGCUCGUAACAUUUUUAUAGAUAAUGUGAAAUUUUUAUACGUUUUGAUACAUACUAAAAUUUAUAAAGCCUUAAAGCUGAUGUAUAUAGAGAUUUUUAGUUCUACUGACUUAUUUUAUAUUCAUUUACGAUAAAUCUAACUGAAUUCACCAGCUAGCAGUUUUUGAUUAUCCUUAUUGAGACAGUUCGUUUUGAUAAAGUCACAAAACCAAACAAAAUCAGCUUGAAAAAAUAAAAAUUUUUUUUAUGGAA